AUGCAAGGACCCUACGCCCAUGCACGCACACACCCCCCUACCCCUCAUACACAUAUACACGCACACUCACAUACACACAUACACACAUAUACAUGCACCCCCUCAGCCCAUGUCACGAGACAAGGAAAUCUUAUUGUUGGAAAUACUUGGCACUGUACAAGAUAUAGAACACACACGCUGCCGCUACCCGCUCUUCCAACCCGCGCAAAAUCCAAACCCGCUUGA